GUGCCCCUCCCUCUCCCGCCGGCCUCUGCGUCCCAGAAUCCAAGAUGGCGGGGUCCAGACGGAAGGCUACACAGGCUGGAGCGCGGCCGUUCAUUUGCGCCCUGCUGCUGUCUUUCAGCCGAUUCGUCGGGAGCGACGGCAUGGGAGGCGACGCUGCGGCCCCCGGCGCCGCGGGCACCCCAGCCGAGUUGCCGCACCGCCGUUUCGAGUACAAGUACAGCUUUAAGGGGCCGCAUCUGGUGCAGAGCGAUGGGACCGUGCCCUUCUGGGCCCACGCGGGGAAUGCCAUUCCAAGUUCAGAUCAAAUUCGAAUAGCACCAUCAUUAAAAAGCCAAAGAGGUUCAGUGUGGACAAAAACAAAAGCAGCCUUCGAGAACUGGGAAGUAGAAGUGACAUUUCGAGUAACUGGAAGAGGUCGAAUUGGAGCUGAUGGCCUAGCAAUUUGGUAUACAGAAAAUCAAGGCUUGGAUGGCCCUGUGUUUGGAUCAGCUGAUAUGUGGAAUGGUGUUGGAAUAUUUUUUGAUUCUUUUGACAAUGAUGGAAAGAAAAAUAAUCCUGCUAUAGUAGUUAUAGGCAACAAUGGACAAAUUAAUUACGACCAUCAAAAUGAUGGUACCACUCAAGCCUUAGCAAGUUGUCAGAGGGACUUUCGUAAUAAACCCUAUCCUGUUCGAGCAAAGAUUACCUAUUUCCAGAAAACACUGACAGUCAUGAUCAAUAAUGGCUUUACACCAGAUAAAAAUGAUUAUGAAUUUUGUGCCAAAGUGGAAAAUAUGAUUAUCCCUACACAAGGGCAUUUUGGGAUAUCUGCUGCAACAGGAGGUCUUGCAGAUGACCACGACGUUCUUUCUUUCCUGACUUUCCAAUUAACUGAGCCUGGAAAAGAGCCACCUACACCAGAAAAAGACAUUUCAGAAAAAGAAAAGGAAAAAUAUCAAGAAGAGUUUGAGCACUUCCAACAAGAAUUGGACAAGAAGAAGGAGGAAUUCCAGAAAGGGCAUCCUGACCUCCAGGGACAGCCAGCGGAUGACAUAUUCGAGAGCGUAGGCGAUCGAGAGCUAAGACAGGUCUUUGAAGGACAGAAUCGUAUUCAUCUGGAAAUCAAGCAACUUAACAGGCAGCUGGAUAUGAUCCUUGACGAGCAGAGGAGAUACGUCUCUUCCUUGACAGAAGAGAUCUCCAGGAGAGGAGCAGGGACCCCAGGACAGCCUGGGCAGGUCUCUCAACAGGAGCUAGAUACAGUUGUGAAAACCCAGCAUGAGAUUUUGCGACAAGUGAAUGAGAUGAAGAACUCCAUGAGUGAAACGGUCCGGCUGGUGAGUGGCAUACAGCAUCCCGGCUCAGCGGGCGUCUAUGAGACAACCCAGCACUUCAUGGACAUCAAAGAGCACCUGCACGUCGUGAAGAGAGACAUCGACAACCUUGCGCAACGCAGCAUGCCAUCCAAUGAAAAACCCAAAUGCCCAGAACUACCACCCUUUCCAUCAUGUUUAUCCACCAUCCACUUUGUCAUCUUUGUAGUGGUACAGACAGUGUUGUUCAUUGGCUAUAUCAUGUACAGGACUCAGCAAGAAGCAGCUGCCAAAAAAUUCUUUUGACCUUCAUUUUCCUAUGUAUCAUCUGGGCUAGACUUUCGCUGGAUUCAAGACAAUUUACCUCUUAUUAAAGUAAUGGUCUCGUUUGCUAUGGGAUCCAGCACACCACUGUUUAAUAGGAUAUGCAACUAAAUUGUUGUAAGCCUUCGUAAGUUUUCUCUCCAAUGUCAUUUGCGGAUUGGGCUAACAACCUAAAAUCUCUAUGAAGACUUUACGAAGAGCACUCAGUGCUGUGCACUACCUAACUAGCACUGCGUGUGCAGUCUCGCCUUGCAUUUUACACUGGCAUUCAUCCUAGAUCUCAAACACAGUGCACUCACAGUGGCUGUGUGAAACUCUGUGGAAUUGGCACUUUGAAACUCAUGUUCCACAAGUGUCAUCUUCCACAAUUUACUUAUAGUUAAAAAGAAGAAGAACCCUUCAGGGAAAUGUCAAAUUGUAGACAUCGGGAAAUCUUGAGAUAAAAAGGCUGUCUAAGCCAGUAUUUUGUUACAAAGUCCAUAGUCUUGUGCCUGAACCUUAAAGGAAUCCCAGAUCUGGGGAGUGUACAUUUUUCAAGUCCAAGGGGAAGUGCACUGAUGAUUCCUAGUGUGAUUUCAGCUAGCCAUUGUAGCAGGAGUCUUUUAAAAGUCUCUCAGCCAGGUAGUUGACAUGAUAUAUCUCUGUUUUCCUCAAGAUCAUUCAGUCUAAAGCCUCUGAGCAAAACCCUGGGCUGUGGGAACUCACCACUGCCAGAGUCCUCCAUUCUGUAGUGUCCUGUUAACUGCAGUAAUUUAAUUCUCACACCAGCAAGUACUUUACAGGUGCCUUGGAUUAAAACAAAAUUUAUUUUAACACUUUAAUGUAAUUUUAUGAUACCACUUUUAAAAGAAAUUGCAAUUAUGUAAUUGCUGAUAGGCUUGUGUAAUACUCCAUUUGCGUUAUAAUUAUUUGAAUGCUUUUUUAGCGUAAAACUUCACCAUGAAGUCACAAACAAUAACCAGUGUUUUAUCACAUAUUGAAUGCAUGUUAGUGUUUUUUAGAGUAUGGCCCAUGGACCAGCCAUUCAGUUCAUGGAAUGUUCAUUUGGAAUACAGAUUCCAAGGCCCCAUUCUAAUCCAGCUGCAUGACAACUUGGGUGGGGCUUCUGAGUGUCCAUUCCCCAGACAGCACACUGACAGUUGAGAACCACCGAAAUGAGGAGUAGGAAAAGGUGUGUGAUGGCUGUUUGUUUCAUUGGCUCUAAGCUGAGCUGCGCACAUUUUCACUGUCGUUGAGAUCAGCAACUCUGCAGGUCUUCUGUGCUUGUGUUUUGUUAAAACACAUCAGCAACUACAAACUAACUCCAGGUUGGCUGACCUCUUGGCGCUUCAGUGAUGACUUUGAAACUUGUAAAUCAUCUUUGGCUCUUGGCAAAGCUAAAGCCUGCCUGUUGAAGCUGUGGCCUUCCUGAUUGUCACCACUUUUUAUCUCAGACAGCUGCACAUGUUGAUAACUUGAGGAAAAUGGAAAGACUUGAAUAAGGGGUUGCUCACCUGCUUUCUCUACGGAGAACCAGUCUUUGGGAAGAAAAGCCGAUUGGUUGCCGGGGUGUGAUUCUCUCGAAGCACUCACAUGCUGGUUGGAGAGAGGCGAUACACAAAUUAGUCAUUGGGAAUUUUGUGUUUGUAAGAUUUAGGGUGAGAUCAGCUCUUGCAACUUUAGAUCUUUAUGUUGCCCAUUUUAAGAUAUUUCUUUUAUGAUGUUAGAGUUUAAAAGGGUUUUCUGUCCACUGUCAAUUUCAAUAAUAUAACAUUUUGUCAAGGGUUUUUUGUUUUGUUUUUGUUUUGCUUUUGUGAUUGUUACUUGAUGCUAGCUGGAAUUCAAGAAAUGUCAAAUGACCUUAUUCAAAUAAAAGGAAUAUUUUAGUAAA